AUGACCUUUGCUCGCAAUCUCUUCAUCAUCCAUCAAGAAAUAUCAGCACCUAAUAUGCAAGCCAAACCAGGAAAGGAGAAGACUCAUAUCAACAUUCUGGUCAUUGGACACACAGACCCCAGCAAGUCCACCACUACCGGCCAUCUGAUCUGCAAACGCGGUGGGAUCGACACAAGAACCAUCGAAACAUUUGAGAAAGAGGCUGCUGAGAUGGGGAAGGGCUCCUUGCAGUGUGCCUGGGCCUUGGGUAAACUGAAAGCUGAAUGUAAGCGUGGUGUCACCAUUGAUAUCUCCCUGUGGAAAUCUGAGACCAGCAAGGACUAUGUGAGCAUCAUGGAUGCCCCAGGACACAGAGACUAUCAAAAACACAAUGACAGGCACAUCCGGGCUGACCGUGCUGUCCUGAUUGUUGCUGCUGGUGUUGGUGAGUUUGAAGCAGGGAUCUCCAAGAAUGGGCAGACCCAUGAGUGUGCCCUGCUGGCUUACACACUGGGUGUGAAACAUCUGACUGUUGGUGUUAACAAAAUGGAUUCCACUGAGCCGCCCUACAGCCAGAAGAGAUACAAGGAUGUUGUUAAAGAAGUCAGCACCUACGUUAAGAAAAUGGGCUACAACUCUGACACAGUAGCACUUGUGACGAUUUCUGGUUGGAGUGGUGACAACAUGCUGGAGCCAAGUGCUAACAUGACAUGGAAAGUCACCCAUAAAGAUGGCAGUGCCAGUGGAACCACACUGCUCAAAGCUCUGGAUUGCAUCCUGCCACCAACUCGUCCAACUGACAAGGCCCUGCGUCUGCCCCUCCAGGAUGUCUACAAAAUUGGCAGCAUUGGUGCUGUCCCUGUGGGCCGAAUGGAGGCUGGUGUUGUCAAACCUCAAAGGGUGAUCACCUUUGCUCCAGUCCACAUUACAAUGGAAGUAACGUUUGUUGAAAUGCACCAUGAAACUUUGAGUGAAGCUCUUCCUGGGGACAACAUGAUCUUCAACAUUGAGAAUGUGUCUGUCAAAGACAUCUGUCCUGGCAAAGUGGCUGGUGACAGCAAAAAUGACCCACCAAUGGAAGCAGCUGGCUUCACAGCUCAGGUUAUUAUCCCGAAUCAUCCAGGCCAAAUCAGUGCUGGAAGUGCACCUGUUCUGGAUUGUCAUAGUCACAUUGCUUACAAAUCUGCUGAGCUGAAGGAGAAGAUUGGUCAUCAGUCUGGGAAAAUGGUGGAAGAUGGCCCAAAGCUUUUGAAAUCUGGUGAAGCUGCCAUCGUUGAUAGGGUUCCUGGCAAGCCCGAGUGAGCUGAAAGCUCCUCUGACCAUCCUCUGGGCCGCUUUGCUGUUUGUUAUGUGAGACAGACAGCUGCUGGUGGUGUGGGUGUGGACAAGAAGGCAGCUGGAGUUGGCAAAGUCGCCAAGUCUGCCCAGAAAGCUCAGAAGGCCUUUCAAUGA